UCUAGGGUUAGACUGGACAAUCUCAAGAAGCGGCAGCGGAGCAGCACCGGCGGCAGGCGGCCGAUCACCCGGGACUUAGAUUUUCAGCUGACCACCCGCCAACAUGGCUAGAGGUUUGAAGAAGCACUUGAAGAGGCUAAAUGCCCCCAAACAUUGGAUGCUGGAUAAACUCGGCGGGGCAUUUGCACCUAAGCCUUCUUCUGGACCACACAAAUCUAGGGAAUGCUUGCCUUUGAUCCUUAUCAUUCGGAACAGGUUGAAGUAUGCCCUCACAUACCGUGAAGUCAUCUCCAUUUUGAUGCAGCGACAUGUUUUGGUAGACGGUAAGGUUAGGACAGACAAGACCUAUCCUGCAGGUUUCAUGGAUGUUGUUUCAAUUCCAAAGACAAAUGAGAACUUCCGUCUCCUCUACGAUACAAAGGGACGUUUCCGGCUUCACUCAAUCAGGGAUGAGGAGGCUAAGUUCAAACUCUGCAAAGUCCGUUCUAUCCAGUUUGGAAAGAAGGGAAUUCCAUACCUCAACACCUAUGAUGGUAGGACCAUCCGCUACCCGGACCCUCUUAUCAAGCCCAACGAUACAGUAAAGUUGGACUUGGAGUCCAACAAGAUUGUGGACUUCAUCAAGUUUGAUGUUGGGAACAUGGUCAUGGUGACCGGUGGAAGGAACACGGGGCGUGUUGGAAUCAUUAAGAGCAGGGAGAAACAUAAGGGAAGCUUCGAGACCAUCCACGUCCAGGAUGCCCUCGGCCACGAGUUUGCCACCCGACUUGGGAAUGUUUUUACUGUGGGUAAGGGCACCAAGCCCUGGGUUUCUCUCCCCAAGGGGAAAGGUAUCAAGCUGACCAUUAUUGAAGAGGCAAAGAAGAGGCUUGCUGCCCAGUCUGCUCUAACCGCAUGAGGAAGAUGUACACCCUCUUGACGUGGUUCUUCCAUUGCCCGCUCAUCUGCUAUGAAGAAAAAUUCGAUUCAAAAGAAAUUUUGUUUUGCAGAUGGGGCUACCGAUACUUCUUUUCAUGAAUCACAAGUCUAAAGCUGUCUCAUUUCCUUUUUACUUUUUACAACUUCUCUCAUUUAGAUGUGUACUGUUUUCAAGGAUUCAAAAUCCUAUGCUUUUUUCCCAGCUAUGAGUAUAAAAGAGUUUUCCCUUUUUAUCUUAGUUAUUCACUGUCUUCUGUGUGAGAGCAUAAUGGUUUAGUCACUUUAGUCAGGAAGAGUGAAUUUCAAAGAUUCCCAUGUUGAAGACAUUUUUCUAUUGAAGACAUUUAAAACUUGUACUACGCAUUUAUAUCUAUAUUAUAGACUUUGAAUUGCAUCAUCUUUGUCGAGAAAAACAAUUCCAAGAGUGGUUUAUUUUGAAAAAAUAGUACCAAUAAUU